UAUAAUGAGUUGUUUAGAUAUACAUUCUUAGAGGAAAACGGUCCGAAGGUGAAUGAAAUGAGAUAAAAUGUAGUGUUAUGUGGAUCUGUUUUGGUGAAGACGUGAGGCAGGAAUCCCGUUGUAUUUCGACGAGAAAGAAAAAAAGGAGUUUUUUAUCUCGAAUUCCACUCAGCUAUGAUUAUGUGGCCUGGGGUCGGCAGCCACAAUGCUCGAGGAGAGACCUAACAUCCGCAGGCGGGUGGGCUCGGCCCGGGCGGGAUCCGCGAGGGUAGGCUCAGCUCGGCCGGCAGGAGCAAGGGUGAGCUCGGCAAGGCCCUCGUCCGACACUCUCCGCCCGAGGUUGCACACCGGCAGGCCCUCCUCGGCCCCUGUGCCCAGUCGCCCCUCGUCAGCACCUGUGCCGGGGAGGAACGAGUCCUUUGGGGUGAGCAAGACGCCGCUGGCGCCCGGGAAGUUCAAGUCCCACGACGUCUCGCAUCUCAACCUGAAGAUCGAGGGCAAGUCGAUAAGGUCCGUCGCAUACACGCCGAGACGUCACCAGCCAGUCAGCCGUGGUUCCCUGAGGGUCAUAUCAAGCCAUGGCUACGCUGCGCCGAGUAGAAGGAAGCAAUUUCUUUCAAGUUAUAAGAGUGGCUGCUACGAAAAGCAGGACGUGGGCAGUGAUUCAGAAGGGUCCAGUGUAAUUGGCUUUGGGAGUACAUACACUCUGCCGCUGACAGUCAACCACCCAAUUGUGUAUGGAACUGGUCUGUCAUUUCAGCAGCCAUAUUCCCUGAAGUCCAAUACAGACUUCGGCUUGACUUUUACCAAGAGUGACAGCGAUCAGUCUCAAGAGCACGAUCAGUUUGGGGACACGUAUACUCUGAAGUCAGCGUCUGAUCAUCCCAAUGUGAAUGAACUUGAGUUUGCCAAUAAAGCUUUCAGGUGCUCUCCUGAAGGAAGAGAUGACAGGUCUGAAUUAGAUUCGUAUGGGAAUGCCAGAGGAAUUCUGAGAGAAAAUACCUAUAAUCUGAGACCCCAUUUAGUGAGCACACACAGCGACCUGGAAAUUGAUAACAAUAGUUCCUAUCACACUUCGCACAAUGGCAGUAACCACUUUAGGAGAGAUUUUGAUACAACUUCAAAUGAUGGCUCAGAAUGCACUGUUAUGAGCUUGGGUCGAAGGAUACAGCUUAUGGCAAGUACUGAGCCCAAAAAACAGCGAGAAAGUGAGACCAAAGACGAGAGCUGGGACACGGAAUGGAAAGAGCUCCUGAAACAGAAUCAUGAGUUGCUGUUAAAACUCUCGAGUAGGGAUGAGCCCCACACAUUAGAGAACUCAGGGAGGUGUGACCAUACGAAAACAGUGUUAGUCCAUCAUAGUGGUGUCCAGACCCAGUUCCUAGCAAACAGUUCAGGAGUUAGUGAAGCUUUAGAAAUACCUCUGAGAAACAUGUCGGGGGAAGAGAGAUUUCAAGAUCAUGUCGAAAAACAACAUGUGGAGGAGCUUGUAGGUGAUGAGGACUUUGAUGGCCAGGAACUUGCUGAGAAUUGUGAAAGUCCAGAGUGUGUGUUAGAAGAUAUAAUUGAAGAAUCGAGUUUGAGUGACAAGUCAACCCCAAGGACUAUUGUAGACCAACCUCAGGAUGACACAGAAAGCACAACUAUUCAAGCCAAUACAAAAAUGGAUAGUCCUUCCACAGGUGAUGCCAGCCCUGAGAGUCCAAAAGACUGUCAUUCCCACAAUAAAACAAAACAGCAAGAAAAGGAGGAAGACCUAUCCAAAACAGUCGAAUCUGACCAAGGGAAGGGAGUCAUGCCACUGUCAAACACAUAUGAUUUUUCAUGCACUACAGACCUCCCAACCUACCGGCCAGGCUCUGCUGCUGCAUACAUAGUGCGUAGCCGCUGGACUUCAGAGAAGCGCGUCAAGUCACAGGGGUCAAAAGACCUGCUUGAGGCUCUACAGAUGAUAGAAGACGAAGAAAAGAAGACCUCAGAAUCAUACGAGAGAGAACAGAGCAAAGUGGAGAGUGUAGCUGAAGCUCCAGUUAUCUAUGUUCAAGAUGCAGGAGUCAAUACCAGGCAGAUAUAUAAUGCAAAAUCUUAUGAAUUUCAACCAACAGAGAGCUUGAGCAGUUCCCCUAAAAGAUCCCCCAUUAAAGAAAGUGAGAUGAAACCGUUAAGUACCCCACCACCUAUACAAGAGUGUCCUGCUACCUUGCCUGUGCUGCAGGUAUUAGUAGAGAAGGUUUUCCUCUUUACUCAAGAUUUAGCUGAACGCUGGCAGAAUGGAAAUACUGAGGGGUCUCAAGAAGAACUCCUCAAUCAGAUAGUUGAGGCUGAGAAAUUACUAGAAAACAUCUGCAUCCAAGAAAAGCGCAAGGAAGACCCAAAGAAGAGUCCUGAAUUGCAUGCCAAAUGCGAGGAGAAGUUGAGAAACAAGCAAGAGGAAAUGGAGGCCAGAAUCCAAAAAAAUUUAGAACUUAUACGAAAGUUACUCGAUGAUAAGAAGACGCUGACUGAACAAUGCGAAAAGCUUGUGAAAGAGCAAAGAAUUUCUGAGAAGAAGAAUGCAGACAAGAUCAAGCUUAUGGAAGAUCGUCACAUGCAAGAAAUGAAGUCCCUUCGAGAGAGGAUUACAACAGCAGAGCAAGAAAAGAGAGAAAAGUGGACCCAACAGAAAGCAAAAGCUAUUAAAGAAACCACCUACCGGGGACUGGAGACAAAGAUGAAAGACCUCACCGCAAAACACCGUGAUGAGAUAAGUGAGCUUAAAGCACAGCAUUGGGAGGCUCUGAGGGAGGCGGAGGAGAAGAUGAUAACACAACUUCGAUCCCAGGAGGAGGAGCUUAAGAAGAAAUAUGAGCAGGAGAAGGAGGAAGCUUGCAAGAAGGAGAGAGAGAGGGAACAGCAGAGACUGGAUUUAGAGAUUCGACAAAGCGAACAGCUGUCCCUGACUCGACUGGAGACGGUCCGCAAGCAGCAAGAAAGGGAUAUCAAAUCCCUGAUCGAAGAGCAUCAUCGAACCUUAGAGAGGGAACGUUCAGAGCGAGAAGCUGCACUGAAAGAGGCCAAUAAGGAGAAGCAAAGAGUUAUAGAGGAGAAUGAAGAAAAAAUUAGGAAUCUGAACCGCAGACAUGAGGAGGAACUGGCCAGCCUCAGACAGCGAGAUGAGAAAAGCCGAUCUGAAUGGCGAGAGCAGUUCAUGAAGGAGCAGAGCGAGGCGAAGAGUCAGUCGGAUAGAGAGCUGCGGGAAAGGUUGAAGCGGCAACGCGACAAGGAGAUCGAGCGCGCGAUCAAGGAGAUUCAGCAGGAGACGAGCAAUCGGGAGAAUGAGGAGCACCGAGCGUAUGAAGCGAAGAUGAAGAACUUACGCGAGAGAUACGAGAAUGAGUUGAAUGAACUGGAAAGCAGUGAGCGUGCUGCCAGAACCAGAUAUCUUGAAAUGAAAUCUGUUUUAGCACAAAAAGAGGAAGAGAUCGUGUACCUACGUGCUCGGCUCCACACACAGGACUUGGAACUGUGUGAACUACAACAUAUGUUCCGGCCUCCAGAUGACUAGGAGAGAGUGCUUAGUCGGUCCUGGAUAGGUUUUGAUAUGCAGAAUAGGGGUCGUCGUAUUUACAGUGUCGAGGAUUCUUCUUGACCCCAGCUGACCCUUGUUGACCUGUGCUAUGGGGCCUCUUGGCCUGUUACUUGUUCCGUAGCAUUCCCUGUUUUUAAGAUUGUAUAGUUUUUAUCAGUCAGAUGUUUGUUCAGUGGGAAAUACUGCAAGACUGGAAUAAAGGAAUGUUGAGCAUGUAUGAAGAUUUUUGGAAAAGAUGAGCAGAGCCAUGAAAUUUGUUGUAGUUUAAAGAAGAAAGCAUGUAGCAUGCAAGAUACAGAAGUAUGUUGGCUGCACUAAACUUAUCACUCAA